UGGCGAAACGUGGGGAGGAAGAAGUGGAGCAAACAGCGUUGUGAAGCUUCUCCACGUGAACCGAUGCGAACGGAACAUGGCGUCGACUCAGGAGCCGGAGAUCCAGUUCGCCCAGAGACUGGCCUCCAACGAGAAGCCCAUCCGGACCAAGGCGAUAAAGAAGCUGAGGAAGUACAUUAAUGUCAGAUCUCAGAAGGAAGCAGGUGGUUUCUCAAGCGAUGAGGUGCUCAAGCUGUGGAAAGGUCUCUUCUACUGUCUGUGGAUGCAGGACAAACCCCUGCUGCAGGAGGAGCUGUCGAACCAAAUCUCCAGCCUGAUUCACAGCUUCCAGCACAUCGACGGACAGUUUUUAUACCUGGAGAGUUUCCUGCAGACCUUCAAACGGGAGUGGACCGGUAUCGACCGGCUGCGGAUGGACAAGUUCUUCCAGCUGGUUCGCUUCAUGUUCAGACGAAUGUUUGAACUGCUGAAGAAGAAAAACUGGGACAGCAGCGCGGUGUCCAGGUUUCUGGAGCUGCUGACGACUCAGCUCCUGCAGAGCGGCAGCGAGGCGCCCUGCGGGCUGCAGUUUCAUGUCCUGGACGUCUACAUGUCGGAGCUGGCAGCUGUGGGCUCUGCAGAGCUCACUGCUGAUCAGAAUUUAAUAUUCAUCGAGCCGUUCUGCAGAACAGCGGCAAAAACAAAAGAUCGGAGUCUUUCCGGAGCUAUCUGCAACAGCAUCUUCAGCACCAUCAUCGAUCAGGCUCCGUUUGCCAUCGAGGACUUGAUGAACGAGGUGAAAGCAGCACAUGAGUCAGACUCCGACUCGGGACAGGCCUCUGAAGAGGACCAAGAGGAAGAAGAGGACGAAGAGGAGAAAACAACAAGAAGAAGAAGCAAGCCCGUCGGCAAGAAAGGAAAGCAGAUCAAUGGCCGAAAACCAAAUGAAAUCGAGGACGAGGAGGAGGAAGAUGAUGAUGAUGAUGAUGAUGAUGAUGAUGAGCUUCUUCACUUGGAGGACUCGGACACAGAGAUGCCGUGUGAUGAAGACGUGGGUCCAGUCCUGCAGUUUGACUACACAGCCCUGGCAGACAAACUGUUCGUGUUCGCCAGCCGGAGCAACACACCGAGCCACAACAGACAGAGACUCUACAAGAUCAUCAAAGUGCUGCGUGACCUCAGUGAAGGCGUCUUCCCUCAGGACGAGUAUCCGGAGGAAGUCUCCACAGACGAGGACGAUGAUUAUUUCGGCAGCAGGAAGAGGAUGAAGAAAAGACGACGAAACAGGGAGGAGGAAGAGGAAGACCAGGAGGAGGCUCCAGCUGCCAAGAAAAAGAAAGGGAAGAAAAAGGAGGCAUCCAAACCAGACGGUCAAAACAAAGACUCAGGAAACGAUGUCAGUGACGCAGCUGAUGUGACGGCAAACAGCGACAAGAAGAAAAAGAAGAAGAAGAAGAAGAAGAAGAAGAAGAAGAAAAAGAAAGCUGUGCAGGUAGGUGCUGCAGAUUCUGAGGAAAACACGAAGACGUCUGAACAGGAGCAGAGUGUGGCUCAAGAUCCGAGUGCACGCGAAGAGACCGAAGGAGGUAAAACAGAGAGUUCACAAGAAGAAAAGGAAGCAGAGAAGGAAAGCUGCAUCUCAUCUGUAAAAGUCACAGAGGCAGCAGCUGCAGACGGGCAGGCAGAAACUCUGCUCCUUUCUGAGGUGAAGAAACAGCCUUCAGUCACAGUCACAGAGGAAGCCAGCGAACAAACCCCAGACAGCCAGGACCAAGCGGAAGAAUCGACAGAAAGCAAGAAUCAGGAGCUGAGGAAUCAGGAGGAGAAAAAGAAGAAGAAGACGAAGAAGAAGAAGAAGGGCCUGAAGUCACAAACGGAUGAGGUUGUGGCUGAGUUGGAAGAAGCAGAAAUAACGACAAAAACACCUGAGACUGAGACAGAAACUCCUGCCAAGAGGAAGAAGGAAGAGGAGGAGGGCCUGAAGGCUGAGGGAGAAUCGAAGGAGGCUGCAGAUCCCCCAGCAGCACUUUGUGAGGAAAAUGGAACGACCGAUUGUGCAACCCCAGCAAAGAGGAAAAAGAAGAAAAAGAACCUGCAGCCUGUCGACAAGGAGGAGGUGCAAGAGGUCGAGGGUGCAGCUGAGGAAGAGGGAGGACAGGCCGUAGCUGAUAUUCCAUCACCAGCAGAAACGGCCACCCCACUUAAAAAGAAGACAAAGAAGAAGGCCGAGUGGGAGGAAGCAACAGCUGAGGCUGCGCGUGAAAGCUCUGCAACCCCGCUGAAGAAGAAAGCGAAGAAGAAUGAAAAAGAAACGGAGGCUGCGGUGGAGGAUGAGGGAGCGGCAGCGGUGGCAGAAAUGGCCCAGGUGUCGGAUGCUGAGACACCGCCGUGUGAGACGACAACACCCGCAAAGAAGAAGAAGAAGAGCGGGAAGAAGCCGGCGGCAGCUCAGGCUGAAGACAUCAAAGAUUCAUCCGAGGCGCAGGUGGAUGGCAGUGGAGACGCGGAGCUCCUGCUGGGAGUAUCGGAGGUGCCCUCCUCUGGGAAAUCAGCCAAGAAGAAGAAGAGGAAGAUUCCCGUGGUGUUUGAGUUUGAGGCUGAGGAGGUGGAGGCGGCUGCAUCGAUCAACGGCCUCGCACAGGAGCAGACCAACGGAGACAGUAAUGUGAGCGAGCAGUCAACGCCUCUAGCUGCUAAAAAGCCCAAGAAGAAGAUGAAGACGCCCUCAGGGUCCGACUUUGUCACGUUUCAGAGCAACGCCGCCGUUCCAACGCCGCUCUUCUGCAAGACCAAGGGCGGCCUCAGCACCCCCCGGUCCAGCAAGAAGAAGACUCAAACUCCCAAAUCGGAGUCCAAGAAGGUGACUUUCGGCCUCAAGAACAACAAGACAGCCGAGUUCAGAAAGACGGAUCGCAGCCUGUUGGUGAGUCCAGACGGCUCGUCUCGAGUGCCCUUUGACCCCCAGCAGAAACCCAAGUUUGGGGUCUUGAAGUCUCCGCCCACCCCUCUCUCCAAAGUUAAAAAGACCCCCACCAGCAGCAAGAAGGCCGUCUCCAAACUGUCAAUCGUGACUCCUAAAAGACGAGCAUCUGCUGCAGAUUUCUUCUGAACGUCGGCGCCCUGACAGACUGUUGGUGCAGAUGUAAAGGACUGAGUUACACACUUCUUCUGUUUGGACUGAUUUAUAAAGACGUAUUUUUGUGUUUAUUACACGUCGGCGUUUCCUCUCUGAGUGACUCCAAGUUUUAAUAAAGUUACUCAUUACAGUUUUUCCAAUUUUA